CUCCAAACAAUGAUGUAAGCAUACGUGGCAUGGCAAUGAUGUAAACACCUUGACGACCUGCCCUAUGAAAAUCAGUCCACGCAUGCUUGCUCUUGAUUCAGCUGAGCAUCGUUGAUUGUGUCACAGAAUAUAAUAUUCUUUCACAGUUAAAUUUCAAAUACCAUCUCAAUGUCCCCUCGAGCCAGACUCACAGCUCUUUCCCACCAAGUCUCGACAGCUGCAAAGUCUGGGGUAAACGUUACACAGUCCAGAACAUUAGCCUCAAGCAUGUCCCAGACACCAUCUGCAGGAUGCUGCAACACGCCCGCAGUCAUCGGCAAAGGCUAUAAAGAAAAGGGCACCUGGACAACAGUUGAUGGAUUGAAAACAUAUGCUACUGGCCCGUCGUCUGCCAAAAAGGGAAUUCUCGUCGUCUAUGAUAUCUUCGGCUUCUUUCCCCAGACUCUCCAAGGUGCCGAUAUCCUCGCCACCUCGGACAAGGACAGGCAGUACAAGAUAUUCAUGCCUGACUUCUUUGAGGGAAAGCCGGCAGAUAUUUCCUGGUACCCUCCCGACACCGACGAGAAAGGCAAGAAACUGGGACAAUUCUUCCAAACAAGUGCUGCACCACCCAAAACCAUCAGCAAGCUCAACGCCGUCAUGCAGCAACUUAAAUCGAGCAACCCAGAUAUCAGCGACUGGGGAAUUGUAGGAUAUUGUUGGGGCGGCAAGAUUGUCAACCUUGUCUCCCAAGCCGGAACUGCUUUCAAGGCUGCGGCGACUUGUCAUCCUGCAAUGGUCGACCCAAAGGAUGCCCCGGAGGUUACCAUCCCAAUUCUCACAAUUGCCUCCCAAGACGAGAGCAAGGAUGACGUAGGCAAGUACGAAGCUGCGCUCAAAGUACCCAAGCAGGUCGAGUGGUAUGAUGAUCAGAUUCAUGGAUUCAUGGCUGCUCGAGGUGAUUUGGAGGAUGACAAGGUCAAGGCAGCUUAUGAAAGGGCCUACCAGACUGUCCUCGGAUUUUUCCAUCAGCACUUGUAAGGCUUCAAUAUGGUUCGCCUCGGGAAUCCGAAUGGAAACAGUGUAAUCAAUGAAUCAGGUUUGCAAAUUUGAAUACGAAAUGGUAGUGCAAAUCAGAUCAUUUCGAGAUAUAA